AUGAAAGUAACAUUGACAUUGCUUUUGAUCGCUUUGUUCAGCAUUUUUGCUGAUGCUGGUAUCCAUAAGAUGAAAUUAAAAAAAAUUCCAGAGACUUCCUCAGAGAAAUUACAUCGUUAUUCACAAACAGGGGAGUACUUGACCCAAAAAUAUUUUGGGAACUCUCGUCCCGUUAAUGAAGCCAAUCAAUUAUUCGUUCCUGAUGCUAAUGGAAACGUUGAGCAUGGACUCCCUUUGACUAAUUUCAUGAACGCUCAGUAUUUCGGUGAAGUUUCAAUUGGUGAACCACCACAAACUUUCACUGUCAUAUUCGACACUGGGUCUUCCAAUUUCUGGGUACCUUCCACACACUGCACCUCUAUAGCAUGUUUCCUUCAUCGUCGUUAUGACUCCACCCAAUCACAAACCUACAAGGCGAAUGGUACUAAAUUUGCUAUAAGAUACGGUUCUGGAAGUUUAGAAGGGAUUAUUAGUAAUGAUGUUUUAACAGUUGGCGAUAUUGAAAUCACGAACCUAGAUUUUGGCGAAUCUGUUAAAGAACCCGGGUUUGCUUUUGCUUUUGGCCGAUUUGAUGGGAUUUUUGGAUUGGCCUAUGACAGAAUUUCUGUUAACGGUGUAGUUCCACCAUUUUACCAUAUGGUUAAUCGUGGAUUGGUUGACGAACCAAUCUUUUCAUUUUGGAUUAAUGAUGGUGGGGAUGAAAAUGGUGGUGAAUUGGUGUUUGGUGGUGUGGAUGAAAGUCAUUUCACCGGCGAUAUCCAUUGGGCCCCAAUUAAAAGAAAAGCUUAUUGGGAAGUUAAACUUGAAAGAGUCAUUUUUGGUGGUGAAGACGUUGAGUUGGAAAAUACCGGUGCUGCUAUUGAUACCGGUACCUCACUUUUGGCAAUUCCAAGUGUUAUUGCUGAAUUAAUCAACAAACAGAUUGGCGCAAAGAAAAAUUUUGCUGGACAAUAUGUUAUUGAAUGCAAUAAAAUUCCUUCUUUACCCGAUUUCAGCAUGCAAUUCAACGGGAAAAUGUUCACUUUGAGCGGAAGCGAAUAUAUUUUACAAGCUCAAGGACAAUGUAUUUCUGCUUUUAUGGGUCUUGAUAUUCCAGAACCUCUUGGCCCCAUUUGGAUUAUUGGUGAUGCUUUCCUUCGUAAGUUUUACACCAUUUAUGACCUUGGCAAUGAUAGGGUUGGUUUUGCCACAUCUCUCCGAAGUUAA